UAAAAUUGUGAAAAAAUAAAUAAAUUGACUUACAUUGACCUCUCUACCCUUCCAAAACACUGCAACAAAAAUCUCUCUCUCUCUCUUCUCUUAUACCCCUUCCGCCGCUUCCAUCUGUUCCACAAAACCCCUCAUCUCCUCCUCCCGCCUUUUUCUCUCACUUCUGCUGCCCGCGGCGGCGCGAAACCCUAGCCCUCGCCGAUUCUACUCUACAUCCCAACCACCGGCAAUGGCGGCGGCGGCGGCGGCGGCACCAACACCGUCCUCAUCCGAAAUCGCGAACGAAGGACCGGUCCUCAAUCUAAUCAACAAGCGCCUCCGCGCGCUGCGGAAGAAGCUCAACCGCAUCUCGCAGAUGGAGGAGUCUCGCGCUCAGGGCAAAACUCUCAACAAGGAGCAGGAGGAAACUCUCCGGUCCAAACCCUACGUCGUCGCCGGCAUCGACGAGCUCGAGAAGAUCCGGCAGCCGCUCCUCAGCGCCGUCGAUCAGGAAAUCGAGCUCGUGCUGGCGAAAAACAGCCAGAAGGCCGACAGCGAGAUCACGAACGACGGCGACGCCGAGCCGGAGGGGAAGGCGCCGAGCGGCGGAGGCGAUGCCUCGGCGGUUCCCGAUCUGCUGAAUCUGCUGUAUUUCGGAAGCGUUUUCGAUGUGCAGACUCUGAUGAGGGCGAACGAUAACAUGCUGACGAGGACGCACGAGAGGAAUUGCUGCUUGACGUAUGAUUACGUCACGGAUGACGAUGCCGCCGGAGAUCCUCUGAAAGAGUGGGAUUUGGACGUGAUUGCGACGGUGGGGGGUUUGCUGAUCUCGCGGCCGGUGAAUUCGAGCUUGUCGCAUAAGGACUCGUUGGAGAAGUGUGUGGAGCAUGCUAAGCUAUGGCUUGCCAAUGCAGACCACCCAAUUGAGCCGGGUUCAAAUAUCACUUAUGCCGGAUUGAGGCAAAAGUUGAACAAAAUUAUGGCUUCAGACUACUUUACAACUACUCCAGAAAUAAAGGCUCCAGUUGAAGUGGCUGCCGCUGCUGGAAAUUAUACUUUUCAGGUGCCGCCUGUCCAUGGUUCUGUGACUGCUCCAGUCAGCAUGCCUGCCCCAGUGGAAGGUUCGAGUACAGAGUUUCAGCAGGAGGAUGAACAAUCACCCAAUUCCCACGACAAUGAAAUAUAUGGUGAUGAAGCUGGACCAGUUGAGGAACUUCAUCAGGGAGGAUUAGAGGUAGAAAAUCAGUCAGAAGAUCAGGCCCAAACAGAGCAUGGCAUACCUGACGGCGAUGCUUAUCAAGACCUGACGGAUGCCGACAUGAAGGAGCAGCACCACGCCCCUCGGAAGCCAUAUCAGAACUAUAGAGGUGGCCGUGGUGACCGCGGCCGUAGAGGAUACAGUAAUGGCCGGGGAGGGCGAGGGGGCAGUAGGGGAGGCUAUCAAAACGGCCGUAGCCAGUUCUAUGAUCAACCUGGUGGUUAUCAGCCAAGGAACAAUUAUAACUACAGAGGCCGAGGCGGCAGGGGUAUGGGUGGAAACUUCAAUUACCAGGGCCCAUCUGGCAACGCACAAACUGCAUCCUGAUCUUGUUCGUGCGGUGCCUAAUGGUUUUCCUACUACGGGGUAAGUUUUUUUAAGACGUUUCCUUAUCGAUCAAGAACUGUGUGGUAGUGGUAGCACUAGUAGUAGUAGUAGUAUCAUGGAAACCUUUGCUCCCUUUUUUUUUUGGUAGUUUCAUUUGGAAGUACAUUGAGGAGUGAAUCAAAUCUUUUUGAACUUGAAAA